AUGCCGAUGACUUCAUUGGCAGCCUCACCAAGAGAGGGUGAUGGUCAUAUCAAAAGGCGCACCGUCCGUGCUUGUGCUGCCUGUCGACUUACCAAGAGCAAGUGUGAUGGGAAGGAUCCAUGUGCCAGGUGCCAUGCCCGCGGCCUGAUGUGUAUGCCAGGAGUGCAGCGUCGGAGACCGGCAAGGCGCGCUGGAGAUGAAAAUGAAAGCGAUCGAGAAACACCCCAAAAGCGAGGUCCAGGCCAUCGUUUUGCACGCAAAAAGGCGCCAGGAUCGAAGGAUGAGGCCAAUCUGUUGAACCAAGAAGUGCAUUGUAGCAUCACUGGGUCCGAGGCGUCGGUGUCGUCUACCAUGCACUUAUUUUACGGAAGCUCGUCAACCUUCGUCUUUCUGCAACAGCUCCAUAGGUUCCUAUUCGGCAAGGGUUCUCUGCAACCUACCAUCACCGGAAAAUCUGCAAAUUACACUGCGGAAGCAAUUAGCGAAUUUGGAUACGGAAGCAUAUUCUAUGGCAGAGAUGCUGAUGAUGGUAUAGCAGCUGGGUUGCAUGACCCAUCUACACCCCGUAAAACAUUUGAAGACUUAUCUGACGGCCUUCCCCCGUUCGAACUAGCAGCUACAUUUUUGGAAAUGUAUCUGUCCACUGUUCAUCACGUCCUUCCAUUUUGCGAGCCGGCGACCUUGAGAAAGCUAUUCUACAGCCACUACUCGAUGCCAUCGGUUUCCUCCCGAACGUCCAGGGACUGGACCAUGAUUAUGGCUAUACUGGCAUUUGGCGCCACGCUUACCUAUCAUAUCGACAUGGCUGAUUAUUUAUUUCAAAGGGCGGAGUCGAAUCUGAAAAGCUGGGGUGACGCUGUUAGCUUACGGACGGUCCAGAUCUCGAUGCUUCUCUCUGAGAUUCACCAAACAUGGGGAAGACCCAACUCAGCGGUCCUCUGGGGUGGGUAUACCGUUUCUAAAGCGUUCGCUGUUGGAUUGCAUCGCGAUAUUGUUUCCCCUGGGGCUGCUAAAGACUUGAGCGAUGUCGAUCGGAGCCGUGCGAAAGAACGACAAACUACAUUUUGGGCUUUGUAUGCGCUCGACCGGCGUUUAUCCUUACUACUGGGCCGCCCUGCAUCAAUAAAUGAUAUGGAUAUUGAUAUCCCGGAGCCAGCUGGCGGAACGCACCUGGAGGCUGCGGUGAAUCUCGCGAGGAUAUCUCACAAGGUUUACUAUAGUGUCUAUGGGCGAAAAAGAGGCUCGGUUGGAGAGUUUUGUAAGAAGAUACAAGAUCUCCGAGGUGAAUUUAUUGAAUACCAUGAGAACUUAGCACCUGCUAUUAAGUUCCCACUGAGUAAGGACCAGGUCACAGAUGCAUCACUUAAUCUCAGCGCCAGCCAGAUGAUACUGGCAUUCGAUUUCCUCCAUACCAUGCUUAUCACCCUCCGCCCAUGUCUGGUACUCGAUGCUGUGCGUCGAAAAUCUCUCCCCAAACAAGGAGAAGCCAACCAAGUCAUCCCUUCCGAAUGGAUUUGUUGGCUUGACGAAAAUUGUAAACAAUGCUCUGCAAUCUCCAUUCAUAUAAUCCGUCUCUUUUCUGCGGCAAUCGACAAUAAUCCUUUCCUUAGUUGCAUGCGUCACGGUCGUUUUUUUAUUGAAGGCGCAUGUUUCACACUCCUCUUUGACGUUGUACGCGAUCCAUCCAGCCCCGCCUGCGAAAAGAAUCUAGCCGCCGUUUCUGAGGGAUUGAAAUGCUUCACUCGACUCCCAAGUGAUCAUCUGUUGAUGAUCAGCACGUCGGCUGUGUCUCGAAUGCUUAGUCUCGCACAGGAGCUUGUUUCUGGCACUCCAAGUGCUCGAUCAAAUCAACCUUCCGAACCCGGGUCACGAACUACGGCUGCUUAUGACCACGCUGAACUUCCUUUACAAUCUCUUCCUAAUGAAAAGAUGCUAUUAGCUCCUACCACAGCAUUUAUACCCAACACUGAUGGUCUUGGUAGUGGGAAUUUCCUCGACGACGGCGCCAACGGCGAAAGCCUAGGGCUUCAUAGCCAUGGCUUUCUCAAUAAUGAUAUUUUUGACAUGAGCUGCUAUCUGUGGACUGAAGAUUUGGCCAUCAAUGAAGCCUACGGUUGA